CCCAAAUUUAAGUUUCAAGCGCCUACCAACACUUGUUGCUUUCUCCAUUUCACCUACCAACAUUUCACCGAACCAUAUUAGUAGUAAAAAUAUGAAAAACCGAAAACUUCGCUGCAUCGUGGACAAUUGCUAUGAGAGUGGCCAGCAGGAUAGUAGCUCCAUGUAUAAGUUUCCCAUAAAUCCUGUUGUCAGGCAGAAGUGGAUGGACAACAUUGGAGACAUAAAAUAUAUGAACUUGUUUAACAGUCGGGUGUGUAGGCGGCACUUUGAGACACAGUGUUUUGGCAAGACCAAAGUGUUUUCCUGGGCGGUUCCCACACUCUACCUGAAUAAGCAAGAAGUGGUGCACCAAGUCAGUAAGCCAAGCAGGAAUGUUUUCAUCCGCAGAUGCAGCGUCAGGAACUGCCCUUCACGAUCUCCUCCAGAAAGACUGCAUUUCUUUCCCGCGAAUCCCGAAAUGCGCAAGGAAUGGAUGGAAAUAUGUCGUCUUACGUUGGACAACAAGUGGCUGUUCAUUUGCGGUCGACACUUUCGUCAGACUUAUCUGCCAAAUAGCAAGGGAAACCUUAGAAAGGACGCCAUUCCAGAGUUCCACUUAGGAACGGAAGAGGAGGAUCCCCUUGGAAAGAGCAUCACAAGCAUGAAAUCAUGUUCUAAUAAAAGCAUUAUAAGUUUCAAGAGCGACGAUUCUGGCAUCGACGAGGAAAGUUUCAAGGAGAGAAAGCCACACGAUCCAUGCGCCAAUUGUCUUGAUCUUAAACAGCAAUUAGCAGCUGCUCUUCUUCGCGUUCAGCAGUUGGAGGAAAAAAAAGAACAAGAGGAUACAACAGACAGCGAUGAGGAGGAAGAGCACAUAUUCAUUCUAAUGAAGUAGAGUACUGCUUCUCUUCAUAACUUAAAUUAGAUUUAUUCUAGUGCA